AUGAUAAAACUAGUCCCUCGCGUCGUCCGCCCAUUUUCGAAGCCUAUUUUCAGCGUUCCCCAAUGUCAGAUCCAGAGUUUUUUUUCGUAAACAGCGAACUUUAUCUUUAAACAGCGAACUUUUUAAAUUUUUGCUGCUUUACAAUGAAAAACACGAGCCUUUUACACUAAUCGCAUUUUCAAUCGAUCUUUCAAUUUUCAGGUGAUAAUCCACGGAAGAUGUCGUUGACAUCGAACAUGAUGCUCCAGGCGUCUCGCCUAGGCGGUGUGGUGUUCAAACGAGGUGGUGCGACUGGUCUGAUGGUCCAUCGCGACACCAAGGAGAACAAUUUGAAUUUGAAGUUCAAAUUUACACCAGAAAACGAAGAACGCAUUAAAGCAAUUAUGGAAAUCUAUCCGGAAGGACACAAAGUCAGAUUUCUUGCUAUUAGUGCCAAAGUAUAUUUUCAAUUUAAUAAACAGUUCAGGCUGGUGCGUUGAUCCCCCUUCUCGAUUUGGCUCAGCGUCAACACGGGUGGUUGCCGAUUUCGGCGAUGCAUGAAGUUUCACGUAUUCUGGAAGUGCCACGUAUGCGCGCCUACGAAGUGGCCACAUUCUACACAAUGUUCAAUAGACAACCCGUCGGAAAAUACUUCCUCCAGGUAGAGUUAUAAAGGCAGUAUCAGGGGAGAACAUUGAAAAAAUCCCCCUUCUUCUCCGAGUGACUGCAGAAAUGUACGUUGAAGUUGUUCGUUGUUCGUAGGUUGUUCAUCAACCCCAGAUUUGUUUUCUACAGUAAUUUGUUUUUUUCGAGUUUAAACAUAUCUAAUGACGAUUUUUUCACAGACGAACGACAAGGUACAUUUCUGCAGUGUCAGAUAAAUUUUCAAUGUUUUCCCCAGAUUCCUCAUUUGAAACAAUCCAAAAAACCUCUCAGCGAUUAACUCAACCCCUUAUACUGUUUUUGUGAUAUUGAUUUUGUGGGUCUUCAAAUUAUCCACACAAAAAAAUUAAGUCGGACCGGACACAAUUUCCGCAUCUCGGCGCGAAGUGAACACUGAAUUGACGACCGUGACUUAAAGCCGAGUUGCCUGUAGUCUGAUUGAAGGCAUUGCUAUUUAUAUAACUACGCUUAUUUUCAAAAGAAUCAACCACAUCAUUGUGUUUUCAGGUGUGCGCUACAACUCCUUGCAUGCUUCGCGGUGCCGAGACGAUCACGGAAACUAUCGAGAAGAAACUGGGCAUUCAUGCGGGAGAGACGACAAAAGACGGACUAUUCACUUUGGCAGAGGUGGAAUGUCUGGGAGCGUGUGUGAAUGCGCCAAUGAUUCAGAUCAAUGACGACUACUUUGAAGACCUCACUCCUAAGGUGAAUAAAUUCAAUUAAUAGCUUCGAGAACAAUUAGCUAAAAUUUUUCUUACAGGACGUACACGACAUCCUGGACGACCUGAAAGCAGGUCGUAAGCCUGCCGCCGGCCCAAGAUCUGGUCGAUUGGCUGCCGAGCCGUUCGGAGAGCUAACCUCUCUCAAGGAGACCCCGCCAGGACCUGGAUUCGGAUUGCAGGCGGCACUUAAGUAA